AUGGACUUCCACAACGCUCAGGAAGCCGUGGAAUCAGUGUCCGGCGCGUUUUUCCGCAACGCCUCGGCGGCCCGCGUCGAUACUGAUGCGGUCAUCUUUGACACCAUCUCCAACGCCCACCCGGGUGUUCCCAUCACCAUCGUCCCCGAGUUCAAUUGUAACUUGAAAGCCUAUGCCGCAGCCGGGUUGGCCACUAUCGAAGUUCUCGAACAGAGCAGCAAGCUCGACCCCAAAAUCUGGCCGGAUUCGCUCAGAUGGACCCUAUUCAUCCCGCCUGUCAAGCGCAUGGACGGCGGCAAUGGCAUCGUCGCCGACGAGGUUUUUUUCGAAAGCUACAUUUACAAAUGGGAGAAUCUGACCUUUCUCGUGUACUUUGCCGAUGGCAGGGACGGUCUCGGGUCGUACCCGCAAGUUCGGAACCAGUAUAUCCUGGGCGACAAGGGGGCGGCGCGAACCUUGGUGGCCACGGUUGGGCGGUGGGAAUCAGUCUUGCACGACGAGGUUUGGGUCUUCAACCAGGGAUACUGGCAGAAGGAUCCACUCCUUUACCGCAGCAUCCUGAAGUCCCGCUGGGAAGAUGUGAUCCUCGACAAGGAAUUCAAGGAUGACCUCAGGGAUACGGUGCAACGGUUCUUCGAUUCGAGGGAACAGUACAAUCGUCUUCGCGUUCCCUGGAAACGAGGUACAAUCUUCUAUGGCCCUCCUGGGAACGGGAAAACAAUCUCGAUUAAGGCCACUAUGCACACCCUGUACAGCCGGGACCCGCCCGUACCGACGCUCUACGUGAAGUCGCUGGUGAGCUUCAUGGGGCCCGAAUACAGCAUCGAGACGAUCUUCCGCAAGGCCCGACAGCAAGCGCCCUGUUACUUGGUCUUUGAAGACCUCGACAGCCUCGUCACCGACCAAGUGCGCAGCUUCUUCCUCAACGCCGUGGACGGCCUCUCUGAAAAUGACGGCAUCUUCAUGAUCGGCAGCACCAACCAUCUUGACAGGUUGGAUCCGGGCAUCGCCAAGCGCCCGUCCAGGUUCGACAGGAAGUAUCUGUUCGACAACCCGAAUUUCUCGCAGCGGGUCAAAUACUGCCAGUAUUGGCAGAAGAAGCUGAGCGACAACAAGGACAUUGAAUUUCCCGACGAGAUAUGUACGGCGGCCGCCAAGAUCACCGACGACUUUUCCUUCGCGUACAUUCAAGAGGCAUUUGUGAGUGCGCUGUUGAGUAUCGCGCAGGAGAAGGACACCGAUCACGCGGAAAGGAUAUCUAUCAGAGAGGAUAAGCUGGAUGAAGAGCUGCAGGAACAGUGGGAUCUUUUGGAGAUCGAAGGUGACGGAACCGUUGCGACAUCGAAGAAGGAAAAGGACUUGGACGAUUAUAUUCUGUGGAGAAGGUUGAAGCAACAAAUUGAAGUGUUGAGGAAGCAGAUUUCAAAGGAAGGAUCGGCCAGUGCCUAG